AUGCCCACCGCCCAAUUAUUCAUCUCUCUCCUCUGUUUCUCUCUCCUCACUCUCUCCGUCACCGCCCGCCCCUACGUCCUCGUCCUCUCCCAAGAAGACUUCAAAGACGAACCCCCUUCCGAUCCCGAUUCCUCCCCCGAGUGGGACGAGUUCGGCGACUCCGACUCUCACAAAUCCGAAGAGGAUCUCGACCCUGGAUCAUGGCGCCAAAUCUUCGAACCAACCUCCACCCAACCGCAACCUCAACCUCAAUCCGAUACGGAGGCUCUCUACUACUCCGCCGUGACCAAGCUUAUGACAGGAGACGCGAGGCUAAUCGAAGAAGGCUCUGGUGAGAUUGAGACGGCUGCAGAGUCUGGUUACCCGGCGGCACAAUCAGUGUUAGGGUUUUUGUGGGGAAUGGGGCUUUUGAGAGAGAGGAGUAAACAGAAAGCAUUUGUUUAUCAUCAUUUUGCUUCAGAUGGUGGCAAUAUGCAAUCCAAAAUGGCUCUUGCUUAUACUUACACUCGUCAAGAUAUGUUUGAUAAAUCGGUUAAGCUUUAUGCUGAAUUAGCAGAAGUGGCUGUCAAUGGUUUUCUCAUUUCCAAAGAUUCUCCCGUCAUUGAACCUAUUAGGCUACACAAUGGAGCUGAAGAGAACAAAGAGGCACUUAGAAAAUCUAAAGGGGAAGAGGAUGAGGAUUUUUAG